UUCGUUAUCGCAAAAAAAUGGUUUGAUCCCAGAUUGCAAAAAAUGUGAAAUAUUAUUAUUAAAUUGUAAUUUUUGUGAGAAAUGGCGUUCCCAAAAAUAGAGGGAUAUAUUGUGACUGAGAAAUUAGGCUCGGGAAGUUAUUCUACCGUGUACAAAGCUUAUACAAAGGUGGGCGGGCGUCAAGUGGUGGCGAUAAAGUGCGUGGAUAAGGCGCGCGUGCGCGGCGCCGCCGCCGACAACCUGCUCUCCGAGAUCCGCCUUCUGAAAGAGCUGCGCCACCCACACAUUGUUGCCAUGCAUCACUUCACGUGGGACCAACGAAACAUUUACAUUAUUAUGGAGUAUUGCUGCGGUGGGGACCUCUCCAAAUACAUACACCGCUACGGCCGUGUGCCAGAGAGACAGGUGCUAUAUUUUCUGCAACAGCUCGCAUCCGCGCUCAAAUUCCUCAGAGAGAGAAACGUGGCGCACAUGGACUUGAAGCCUCACAACUUGCUGCUGCAGCGUGGGCAGGACGGCAAGAGGAUACUCAAGCUGGCCGAUUUUGGCUUCGCGGGCGUGAUGGAAGGCAUGGCCAUGUCGGUGCGCGGUUCGCCGCUGUACAUGGCGCCUGAGAUGCUCACGGGACGGUACGACGCCAGGGUCGACCUCUGGAGUGUCGGUGUAAUAAUGUACGAGUGCCUGUUCGGCGCGGCGCCGUACCGCAGCGCGACGCUGCAGCAGCUCGUCGACAAGCUGCAGGGCCACGCGCCCAUCGAGGUGCCCCGCAACGCGGCGAUCUCCUCCGGCUGCCGCGACCUGCUGACGCGGCUGCUGCGCCACGACCCCGACGAGCGGAUCUCCUACGAGGAGUUCUUCGCGCACCCCUACCUGGACCUGGAGCACAUGCCCAGCAAGGAGAACUACGAGAAGGCGGUGGCGCUGGUCCGGCGCGCCGUGGCGCUGGACGCGGCCGGGCGCCUGCGCGAGGCCUUCGCCGCGUACCGCGACGGCCUGCGCCUGCUGGUGCCCGCCGUGGGCGCGGAGGGCGACGCCGUGCGCAGGGGCGCGCUGGCCGCGAAGCUCUGCAGGUACAUGCAGCGCGCGGAGGAGAUCCAGCGGCUGCUGGACGAGCCGGCGGCGGCGCGUGGCCCGGGAGCGGCGGUCCCGUGCGAUGUCCCGGCGGCGUGCGGGCCCCGCUGGUGCGGGAGCGCGGCCUCCGCGUCGGCGUCGGUCGCCGCGGGGGCCGACGGCGGCGAGGACGCCGGCGCGCCGCACCGGAUACUGGCAAGACUUUUCCUCCAACGACGAAAAUUCAAAAACGAAAAGUUUCCUUAA